ACUCCUCAACAGCAGCAAAACUUUAUCAGAGGCUCGGAAAGCAGACCGAACCAGCCAUGGCAUCAUUGGGGCUGCAGAUUCUAGCUGUCACUCUGGCUGUGCUCGGAUGGAUAGGAAACAUCCUGAUCUGCAUGCUGCCUCUGUGGAAGGUGACUGCUUUCAUUGGAAACAACAUUGUAGUGGCUCAGAUCAUCUGGGAAGGGCUGUGGAUGAGCUGUGUGGUGCAGAGCACCGGUCAGAUGCAGUGCAAGGUCUACAACUCCCUUCUGGCGCUGCCUCCGGAUCUCCAAGCCGCCCGAGCCAUGAUCGUCAUCUCCAUCCUCUUCUCCCUGUUUGGCCUCCUGCUCUCUGUGGUCGGUGGGAAAUGCACCACCUGCAUCGAGGAUGAAGCGGGGAAAGCCAGAGUAUCCAUCUCCGCAGGAGUUUUCUUCCUCCUCAGUGGAGCCUUGUGCCUUGUGACCGUCUCUCUGCCUGCUAACAACGUCAUUAAGGACUUCUACAACCCCAUGAUUCCCGAUUCUCAGAGGAGAGAGCUGGGUGCGUGUUUGUACGUCGGCUGGGGGGCAGCGGGGCUGUUACUAAUCGGAGGGGCUCUUCUGUGCUGUCAGUGUCCAUCAAGAGGAGAGCGCUAUAACAGUCCAAAGUACACUCCACCUAAAUCCACAACACCAGGAAAAGAGUUUGUCUGAGCUAAAAGGAGCUAACUUCACAAACAGGACAAACCUGGCCCUCUUAGAGCUGUCAUUUGCAUCAUGACUAACCAACACAGCAGCUUACCAACUCAUUUUAUCUUCUCUUCUUUGCAACAUAAGCUUGUUUCUCACGUGAGAUAUGUUUUAUGUAUAUUUUUUAUGUGUGUUCAAAUCAAAACCCCUUUUAUCAAAAAUGCUGUUUACUUUUUGUAACUUCUCUUAACAUCCAACAAGUUAUUCAUCUGUUUUCUGAACUGCAUGGUUAAAAGUGUUGGGUAAUUGCAAAUAAAAUGCAUGUAGACAUUUAUAAAAAAUUAUAUUACUCAUUUAUUUUAUUAUCAUUUUAACUUUACUUAAAACUCCUCCAGGAUCUCGAUGAGCAUUGCUGGACAUAUAGUUUUCACACUGAUGCGCUCUUCUUCUCCAACUCUCAGUUUUUUUUAUGUCUAGGUGGAAAACCCAGCAAAUGCUGUGUUGGGGCUGAAUGACUUGGAUGUGAAGAGAUGUUCUUAAAAAUCUCUUAAAGCUCUAAGAUUCACAUGAUGGUUAAAAUCAUAAGCACUGAUGUCAUCCUCCAUUCUGCAUCGAGAGUGAUUUUAGGUGUUUCAUUAUUUUUAAUAAACGUAAUAAUAAAACAAAGAAGAAAACACUAAA